AUGGCUCCCCACGCCGCCGCCGCCGUCUUCCAAGCCACCUUCCACGCCGCCGCCCUGUACCAGCACCAGCCGCAUCGCCACCGCCACCAGCAGUGCUCACCGUCCUCCGGCGCGCGUUGCAUCCGCCUCCAGUUCCAGGGUUGCGGCCGUUCGCGACCAAGGAACGCUCACCGCCGUAUCGCAGCGGCGGCGACGCCGUCGCCGUCGGAUAUGGUGGCGGCGGAUGAGAGGGCCGCACUGGAGCGGUGCUUCCACACCGGUUCCUCCCCUGCGCCGGGCUCGUCUUCGAUAUCUUCCUUGCCUACCAUGAAAGGGAACUUUGGUGCUUUCGGUGCGGUGACGCUGGAGAAAUCGAAGCUCGACCUCUCUCAGAAGACCACGAGGACCAGUCCUGAGGUCAGUUUCGAGGAUUAUCUUUUGACUGUUCUCUCCUUCCCUCUCUCUCUCUCACUCUCUCUCUCUCUCUCUCUCACACACACACACACACACAUACACACAAAAUAGCCUCUGCCACUGAUGUUUCUGUUGUCGAUUUUGAAUUCUAUUUGCUAAAACUGGCUCUAUUUGCUAAAACUUGAAUUCAAUUUGGGAUUUCUUGGGCAGCUUUAGGAGGAAGUUUUGUUAUUCUGAAUGUUGUGGGAUUACUUUUUGCCCGGUCUUAUUCUCUCAGAAGCUUCGUGUUUGGUUUGAAAAACGGUUCUGUCCUGUAUUAUUUUUAGUGAGAUUUAAGACAACGUGGACAUUUAUAGCCGGGGCCUUAAGUUCUUUAUCAUUUAUAUUUGAAGCUACAAGCAGUCCUCGGGGGACUACCUGGCUAAUGGAUUUAGUUACGUUCUCUGCCUUUUGUGACUUGAUUCUUACUCUUUAACACCGAUGGUAAGAAAAUUUCUGCUUUGGCAUGUCAGAAUAUGAUAAUGCACUAUUGGAAGACUUUUAGCUUUUGAAUUGCCGAAUAAAUUGGAUGAUUACAUACGCAUGUUAUAUGGUUUAAGAUGUGUGAAGAGAAAUGAAUCCGUUUGUUUAGUAAAUGAUAAACCUAGGAUCACGAAUAUUAGUGGUUAUGAAGGCUAUGAAAGACUUACAUCGAUUCAUAACUUUCAGCCUCCCCUAGAUCCUCUCAUAUCAUUUUCAAUGCACGUUGCUUUAUUUGGAGCCCAGAUGUUAUUAUCAUUCAUUUUCCAACUGUCUUAUGACGCUUGAUGAUGAAAACACGUGAAGUAGAUGGCCAGCACCCACCAGAAGCACUUAACUGAAUAGUUGCUCAUUUCUCCCAUUUACCAGUUAAUUUAGGUAUCAUCUAUUCUACACUACUUUCACUGCUCUUAAACCGUUAAAUCCUAACACAUCAUUCCGUAAUCAUGGUUUCUACUCUAAUAUGUUGUCAUUUGUAUCCACCCGAAUCACAUUGUCUUCAAAUAAUAUAAAAAACGUGGUGCUUUUUCUUUAAAAUUGAAACCGAACUAAAAGCUUUGCAGAAGUCGACUUUCCCUUCUCUUCAGAGUCCUGAUUCUUAAUAUUAUCAUUAUCAUCAUCCAUAUAGAUUGUCAUAGAGGAACAUGGAAUUCUAUUAAGCUGUGUCACUACUGUUUUCGUCCUGUUUAUGCCAGUUCAGGUAAGAUCUUGCCCAAAAUGGCGAAGGACAUUCAGGGUCCAACAUGAUUCUGUUUAUGUUUCAUGCUGUUUCAGAAGGUUCUCAACCGAGUGUCAACUCUUUGCUUGUGUUGUUAAUGAUUAGUGAAUGCCUCUUAUCCUACAUAAUUCAUAAGGCUCAACUUUAGUUUUUUGGUUACCUUGAAUUUUGGAAACCUUUUGCUGAGAUCUAGAUGCUUUUUUUGAAUUCCACAGACAGCAAUUGGCGGUGGAGGGGGAGAUAUUGGGAAAAGAAACAGCCAUGGUGGAGGUGAUGGUGGUGAUGAUGGUGGGGAUGAUGAUGAUUACUUUGGUGAUUUUGAUGACUUUGAUGAAGGAGAUGAUGGUGGAUUGUUUAGACGGCGACUUAUCCUUCAAGAGGUUGGGGUUCUUGGCCUGCCGUAUUAAGACAGUUUUCAAAGGAAAUCUGAAAAUGAUAAUUAACCUCGCUGUUUUCUACAGCUUUUUGAUAGGAAAUUCGUGGAUGCUGUGCUGCAAGAGUGGUAUAAAACCAUGGUAAAUUUACCUGCUGGUCUGUUUCAAGCCUAUGAAAUGGUAAUCUCAGUUUUCCUUAGUUUACUAUAUUUGAGGAAACCUUGAAAUUUUUCCUUUUUUAUUUAAUUAACAUACAAUUUUUACUCAGGGCUUAGUUAGCUCUGCUCAAAUGGUACGAUUCUUAUCAAUCCAUGCCAGGCCAACCAUCACUCGGUUUAUUUCUCGAGCUCUGCCUGAUUCUCUAUCCAGGGAAUUUAUUGGAAGGUAUAUCGCAUCCUUUGGUAACAUGAGUGCUUCAUCUUUUGUAGAUAACAUGAAUCGCGUUCUUUAAUUUAUAAUUUUAAUUUGACAUUGGAUUGAGGUGCAUCCAACUGGAAGUGAGUUCCCACUGGACUACCAGUCAAUAUUGCAAUCAACCUUAGCCUGAUGUGUGCACUUGCAUGCCAAUAUUCUGGCCGGAGCUUUUUCUUUGAACAUUGAUCGUACCCUAGGUUACUUCGGGUGAUGAGAACUGUCACAUAUGUAGCUAGACACACAAAGCUACUUCUUAAUAAUAAUAGUAAUAAUAGUCUGAGAUAAAUAUCGAUCUUUGUGGUCACCUUCAUUGACUAAAGGAUGCCUGCUACAAUUUACUAUUUUACUAGUGAACUCUCAGGAUGUAGCGCAGUCCCUAAUUUUUCCUGAAUCAAAACUUUAAAGUGUAUCGUUUUGGACCGUAUUUAUUGAAAAAUAGUACUAAAUACACCACAAUGAUUUGGUAUUAGUUGGUAUAGUCUAGACUAGGUUAAGGCCAGCUUACUCAUUCAUGUGAGAAAACGAAGCUCAUUGAGAAAACAGCCAAGUCCAAACUUGCCACUGUGACCUCUUUCUUAUCUCAGAAAAAAGAAAAUUUUGUGGGGUCCAUUUUCCUUUGAGGCGAGGUUCUUAAUUAUUACGAAGAUUUUCAAGUGGGUUUCUCCCUACCUGUGGUCACCUUGCUCGUCAUUUUGGCAACACAAGCAGUUCGUGCAGCUUGUGUGGAGAGAAGAUGUGAAUUACUAGUUUUCAGAUGCUUAUUCUCUCGUCAGAUCUAGCCGACAUUGGAACUGCAUCAAGCAUUUUACAACUUCCAACAUCUAUGAAGGAGGUGUGGAGAGGCUUGGAGCAAAGCUGAGUGAUCAAAGGUUGACCGUGUACUAUGGUGGCCCAUCCUUACGUUGACUUUUUGGAUCUCUUGGAAUGUGCCGAAGAAUCAUAUCUUUAUACUCAAGGAUUCCUUGACUGAUACCCUUUCGUUUUGUUCGAGACUGCUUUCUACGGUAGAGUGGAGUAGCUCAACCAUUCUGGGAGAUUUAGUUAUCAGAUGAGUCUGAUCUUAGUCUAGUCUGUUGUUCUAAUCUGGAGGAGAUUUUUUUUAGGAGCUGAUGAUGCAUCUACUAGUAUAUCCUUUUUCCGGUACUUCGUACAAAAUGAAUCUAUGUCGUCGUCCAUUUUUAAGACAUGUAAUUACUGUUGAAACACCAAGGACUUGGGUAGGCUUCUCAGCAGCCUUGCUUCAAUGGCUGUGCACUUCGAGCUUCCAUACUUUGCUCCUCUCUCAAAAAGGGCUUCCUCUAUUUUUAUGAUCAUACCUGCUGCUACCUGAUCGGUUUCCAAGUUAUAUUUUCUUUUCUCAUCUUCUUUCAUGUUUGGUCGGACUUUACUGUCACCAGACAAAUCAAUUCCAAUGACUAUCGUUCGUACCUCUCAGUGUAGGAAUCGCCCAAAUCAUCAGUAUCGACUCUAUUGGGUUAAAUUUCAGAAGAUCUCCUGGUGUGAAAAGCAUUUACUAACUGUUCUUCUUUAAUUUUUUUUAAUUUUAUGUAAACAGUUUUUUGGGCCUCAUCUUAAUAGUCGAUCCAAUUUAAUAAUAUCAAUUGUUAUUGUGCCAAUGAGUCAGUUUUUUUUAUUUAUAUAUAUUACUUCAACGUCACUGGAAUGAAAUUGCAUUGUGGUCCUUCAAGAACCUGAUUAUCUAACUCAGAACAAGUACAGGCUGUGAGUGGUAUGGAUCUCCUCAUGCAUGGAUGCUGACUUUUUUUGUCUCUACUGCACAGUCAACAGAUGGAGGCAUUGACUAACUCCAACAACCUCUUAAAAAAAUUUAGCCGUUCACAGUUAACAGACCCCAAAUAUUUUAAUUAUCUAAUCUAAUUACCCAAUCUAAUCCUUCCUUUUUUAUUAUCAUUUAGCUAGACGAUCCUUUUAAUUUUCCUCAAAACCUUAUUUUCUUUUUCUCUUCGUUUUCCCAUUCUCCUGGUUUCAUUUAUUUCGGAUCAUGAUCCUAUGCAUCGACGAUAUUUUGCUAAUACUCUCCAUAUGGCUUACGCUCUCUCUGACCUCAUACCUUCUUGAGCAGAAUGAUCGCCGACCCAUCUUUCCUAUACAAACUGUGCCUCGAACAAGUCGCGACCGUCGGAUAUUCUGUCUGGUGGGAACUGAAGAAUCGGAAGGGAAGGUGGGUCCUAAUAAGCACCAUAUUGACAUCGGGAUAUCAUACUUUAUAUGCACACUCAAGUACAUGUUAACUUUUGCAUACAAGUCAGCCGUUGAGUUUUUACCUAAAAAAAAUCCGAUGGGUGCUGCAGGAUCAAGGAGGAGUGGGAUCUCGCCCUGGUCAACAUCCUGACGGUCUCCGCCUGCAACGCCGUGGUGGUCUGGUCGCUUGCACCCUGCCACUCCUACGCCAACACCUUCCAGUUCGAGUGGCAGAACGCCCUGAACAAGCUCCCCAACAACGUCUUCGAGAAGAACUACCUCCUCCGAGAGUUUGACCUCCAGAAGCGGAUCCAGUCCUUCUUCUACAAGGCGGCAGGGCUCUCCCUCGCCGGGCUGGCCUCUGGAAUGGCCCAGGGCGCCCUUUCCAACUACUCUGCUGGGAAGAAGGAGGGGAGGUAAAGUCAACCACCAACUGGGCCGCCGAGCGGCCUUUUUUUCUUGGUUAAACUUGGACUAAUUGAGAUGCAGUCGAUUCAUCUCAUCCACCUACCCCAUUUUUGGCAAUAUCCACAGGUUGUCGGUCACUGUUCCCAGUGUGAACACCAAUGCCCUUGGCUAUGGAGCCUUCUUGGGGCUCUAUGCCAACCUCCGAUAUCAGCUCCUGAAUGGGCUCGACAGGGCGCUCUUCAACCGCUUUGAUGUGCUCGGAGUUGCCCUGUUCUUCAGCACCGCUCUCAGGUCAGCGCCCCCUCCCCCGUUGACCCCCCUCCUCUGGGCUUAUUUUCAUUCAUUUUCACGCCCAGGAGGGAUUUCUCGCUUUUUCCCCCAAGUAUCUAGCAAACAGUGUGGUGUAAUAAUGGAGUUGGGUUGACGAUCUGCGCAGGAUAUUGAAUGUGCAAGUGGGGGAGACCUCCAGGCGGGCCUGGCUGGGGGUGGAGGCUGACCCAUUGACCCAGUCUGACAACUUGUUGAAAGCCUACAACAGGCCGGCAGCGACUGGUGGCGGCCCUCAGGAGCCAUCCUCCUCCAAGUGGUUCAUCUCCAAGAACGCCAUCAUCUCCGGCCUCGGGCUCCUCGGCAUCAAGCAAAGCACCACUGAUGUCGACGAUCCCACCGCCGCCGCCCCGCCAAAGGCCAGGAGGAAGAGAGUGGUCAGGAAGAAGCUCAGCCCAGCCUCCAGCUGA